AUGUCAUUUCUUCAGAAACUCAAAGAAGCAGAUGCAACUCUUAAUCCAGAUACCGUAACAACAGAUUAUGAAGUGGCAACAAUCAAUGCGCUGCAAGAAGUUUUUCCCGACACCCAUGCACAUGGCUGUUUGUACCAUUUAUCCCAGUGUGUGUACCGCAGAGUUCAGGCAAAUGGACUACAAGAAAGUUACACAACAUAUAAUGAGCUGUCUUUACAGAUUAGGAUGAUUCCUGCAUUGGCAUUUGUGCCAGUUGCCGAUGUACCUGCUACAUUUGAACUUAUACAAGAAGAUCUCCCAGAGGAACUGCAGCCAAUUCUUGAUUACUUUGAAGAUACAUUUAUUGAUCGAGCUAGACGCCGUGGUAGGAGAGAACCAAGAUUUCAACAUUCCAUGUGGAACUGCCAUGACAGAGUUGGAGAUGGAUUGCCACGCACUAACAACCACUGCGAGGGGUGGCACCGCAGGAUGUCAGCAAUUGUUGGAGCAUAUCACCCAAACAUCUGGGUGUUCCUUGAUGUUUUAAAGAAGGAGCAGUCCCAGACAGAAGUAGCCAUGACACAGGCACUGGUCGGCGAAGAUGGACCACCACAACGCCGCCAGUACAGGGAUGUCACCAAACGACUAGAGAAUCUCGUCAAUGAUUAUGACAACAGACGUGUGUUGCUUUUCUUACGUGGAAUUGCCCACAAUCUGUAG